AUGACAGAAACUAAAGCGGAACCCGCCAAAGAGCUGCUGGCUUUAAACCCCGGAGAAGAGACGGAGUUUAAGAAGAAGGUUGAAGAGGUGAAGAAGAAGAAAAAGAAGAGUAAAUCUAAGGUGAGUCUGAUCCUGGUCACAGACACGUUUACUCUUAAAUAACAUCUUUAUUUUAAUAUCUUUACACAGAAGGAUGAAGAGAGCCGCUGUUCGACCCGUUUAAACGUGGAAAGAUGAACAUUAUUCACCCGAAACACUUUACGGUUUAAAGUGGACAAAAUUAAUUAUUCAGGGAUACAAACUUGUUAUAUUUGCUCCUGUUACUGUUAUUAAGAGGUAAAUAAACGGGUAAAAGUACACUCAGACAUGUUCACUUGUAGUUUUUGAGCAGUUAUCAACUCCGGACUUUUAUUUUUAGUAGGGGAGACCGGGGUAAGUUGACCCAAAGGUUAAGUUGAUGUAACAGGAUGUUUAAUGAUGUUUGUAACGCCUCAUCUCUUUGUUUUUUGUGUUUCAGGGGAUCCGUUUGACUCCAGGAGUUCUGUAUGUGGGUCACCUUCCUCUUGGACUGUUCGAACCUCAGCUCAGAACUUACUUUGAGCAGUUUGGGAAGGUCCAGAGGCUGCGGCUGUCCAGGAGUAAAAAGGUGAACCCUCAGAUAAUUCAGAGACACUCCCUAAACUAAUUUUACGCUGGAAUAUCCCUUUAAAAAAACCUCACGUUAAAGAUUAAAAGGUGAUGAUGUGAGAUUUGGCUCAGACUGAAAAUGGUCUCAGGUGUUACCGUGAUCUGAGGUCAGAUAACUGAGCCCACAGUGAUGCAGCACGUUAUGCUUAUCACCUGCUCACCUGUUGGCAGAGCGAUAAAACCCAUGUGCCAACACUUGACUUCAACAAUGACGGUCUGCUGAUGGAUAUUAGUCUAAGUCAAAGCAGACGUAUUAAUGGAAGAUGUUUAAUUCCUGUUCUCUUUGUGUUUUAGACGGGGGGAAGUAAAGGUUAUGCAUUCAUAGAGUUCGAAUGUGACGAAGUUGCAAAGAUCGUUGCAGAGACCAUGAACAAUUAUCUCAUGGGAGAACGGCUCAUCCAGUGUGAGUAUUCGGCUUCCUUCACAGCGUCAAGUUUCAGAUGAUUUACUCAAAGUUUUUACUGAAAUGAUCGCAGUGAAAGAGCUUUUUUUUCUGCGACAUAAUGAUUUAAAUCCAUUAUUUUCAUGUUGAGAAACUCAAAGUUCUCUGUCUCUGUUUUCCAGGUCAUAUUAUUCCUCCAGAGAAGGUCCAUGAGAAGCUGUUUGUGGGCUCCCUGAGACAGUUCAAGAAGCCGUCUUUUCCCGCCGUGAAGCGCUACAAUAAGAGACGCUCAGAGGAGGAGUUGGAAAAGAUGAGGAGCAGUCUGCUGCGGAAAGAAGCGAAGCUCCGCAAGAGGCUGGCGGCUCGGGGCAUCGACUACGACUUCCCUGGAUUUGUAAGUUCGAUCACUUCCUCUGAAGAUCUUUGAUUCACCUCCUGUUGGAUUUUUCAGCCGUUUACUCUGAUGUUUGAAAACCCAGCAGGGCACCGUUAGAGAGCAGAGGUUCUGGUUCUUGUGAAAGUUGCUGGUUGGAUUUCCAGUUUGUCUCUGAUUGGUCUGAGAGUGAAUGUUGGCGGCCUGUCUUUGACCCGUGAAUCAGAUUGAUCUUUGCUCGUAUCUCGACAGCAUUUGCUUCAUUCUCACCUGUUUUUCUUCGACAGGCAGCCCAGGUACCUCCGAAGAAGGCGUCCUCAGACCCGUUAGACGCCUCCACGUGUAGCGAUGUGAGUAAAACCGUAAACGUGUAAAAAUAAACGGCGUUGAGUUUUGGCACAGACUGAAAAUGUCCUCAGGUGUCUCUGUGAUCUGGGGUCAGAUAACUGUGCCGACAGCACUGGGGUGCGUUUAGCUUAUCGCGGGAGUCUCUCUGUGGCUGCGCGAUAAAACCCAUGUACCUACACGCUUUAUACUCCAUGCUGCAAAGACUCAUGGGAAAAAGAGUAAAUGCAGAAAUAAACAUGUCCUCUUUGACUUCAGGACACCACGCCGGUCUGCACGCCAUCCGUCCUGGAGAGGAGGAAGUCCAUGGUGGUCGAUGAUGACGCUGACGAUGAAAUCAUCCUCAAGCUGCCGCCUGCAGAGGACGAUGAAGAGAGCUCCUCAGAGGAGGAGGAGGAGGAAGACGACGAUGAUGAGGAGGAGGAGGAAGAUGAUGAUGUUGAGGAGGAGGAGGAGGAUGCAGGAAAGGAGUGA